AUGACCAUCAUCUAUGUCGAAUUAUCGCACCCAGAUAACUCCAUACCAGUGAACCGGUUUGUAACUCCGCUUCAUAUCGUACCUGAAUGGUACUUUUUAGCAUAUUAUGCGGUGAAAGUAAUCCCAUCCAAAACCGGUGGUUUGUUAGUAUUUAUGUCCUCUCUCAUUAACUUAGCUCUUUUAUCUGAAAUUCGAGCUUUGAAUACUCGAAUGUUGAUACGACAACAUUUUAUGACUCGAAAUGUAGUCAGUGGAUGGGUAAUUAUUUGGGUAUACAGUAUGAUCUUCUUGAUUAUUAUUGGUAGUGCUAUUCCACAAGCGACUUAUAUCUUAUAUGGUAGAUUAGCUACUAUCGUAUAUCUUACUACCGGAUUGGUUCUAUGCUUAUACUAA